UGUACAUUUUAAUGUAUAAUUUUAAUGUUAUGUCAAACAAUUGUCAUGGAGUGACACAUGAAACGUGACUAAUUUUUAUCAUUAGGCAAUUAGGCAUUAAGUAAAUAAAUAAUAUAUAGCCCGUUCCAAUUAAACUUCAAGCCACGCCAUUAAUGAUUUUACAUAUUUUUCCAUAUUUUUUACGUAAGUUACUUUUUUUCAGUAACUAUUUUUCUUAUAGUUACUGAAAUUAAAUAAAAAUUUACGUUACAAAUUUUUAAAAAAGAAUAAUUUUGAUUACAAGUUGAGAGUAUAAAGGUGAAGAAAACAUAUAAUUUACCUAAAGUUUGAUUUAUUUUGUUUUGUCAUUUGUCAUUCCUUACCAAGAAAAUCAAGGGUGAUAAAGUGUACUUAGUACAAAUUAUAGUCGCAUGAUUCCAGAAGUGGAUAUCUAAGAGUUGGAAUAAAAUGUAUGAAUGCCCUUUAUAAGAACUCAACUGUUGAACAUGCACAUUAAAUCCAGUCAAACCUAUUAUGUUAAUAUUGAGGCGGGUACUCACUUAAAGGUGUAUCACGUAACGUAUCUGAUACGGUAUCAAGUGACUACGUCGUUGCGAACUUCUUCUAGGAGGAUCGCACUGCGCUCGUAGCUAUCCGUCUCAUGGCAGUUUUUUGACGAACACAAAGAGGUUCGCAGCGCGCUUGUGGACGUCAGUUUGAUCGUGUGUCGUCAUCAAGUGUGUACGUCGACGUAUUGACACGAUGGGAGAGCAGUGGACGGAAGAAAUUGGUCAGGCUAUGGGUAUACCGGCAGAAAGUUGCAAGAAGAAGUUUAUAACCUUAUUGGUUUGCCAUAGAAGGGAGAAAAUGAAAACGAAAAACAGCCAUGGAACCGGUAAAGCAAUGGAAUGCAAAUGGUUUGCAUUCGAAGCAAUGUCCUUCCUCGCAAAGACAGAGACUCCACGGAAAAAUCGACUAAAUACUAUAACUAGUGAGAGUAAUGGGAUGAAGACAGGACAUGGUGAAAUAGCUGAAGUAUUAGCUGAAGAAGACAGCUUAGCAACACCAGAAGUAGCGCCAGAGCCGCCAAGGAAAUCGGCAAAACCGGAUCCAAAAUUACAAAUGCUGAAAGAGGCUUUCGGAAUCUUAAAAACUGCUUCAUCAAAACCAACUGAUCCAAUUAGCAAUAUAAAAAAUUACGAAAUUAGAAGUUUUUUGGAAUUUGUCGUCAAGUAAAAUUACAAAGUAUUCCGAAAACACUAAAAACGCUGUGCAAGAAGGCAUAUGCGACUUAAUUUUCAAGGCAGACAGGCAUUACUUUGAUAAUAAUGUUAACAUUCAACCUGUUUACUCUAACCCGAUACGACCAGGUGAAUACCAUGCAGCACCGAGUACAUCCGGAUAUGUGUUACAUGUUCCUACUCAACUAGAUCGACAUCUCUCUCAGCAAUCCCAAGGCCUAGAAUCUCUGGCUCAGUCAUCUUUAAACCAGUCAUCCUCAAACCUGCCAUCUCGACAGUCGUCUCCAAAGCAGCUAGCUUCAGAUCAUCUAUAAUCAGAGUAUUUCGGAGCGUCUACAAUCACAAAGCAAUGGAUGUUUUCAAAAGACUCUCAACGCCCCCUAUCUCCUAUUCAGAUACAUUCAGGACAACCAUCACUAAAUUGUCAGCCAUCUCCGCAUAGUGAAUUGUCAAAGUUACUCAUAGUUUAAAGAAUAAUAAAAAUAUCUUACCUUCA